CAGUCUGCUGCUGCUGCUGCUGACCACGUGGUGAGUCAGAUGAUCAGCUGACUCUGCCGGAGAGGAGGAGGAGGAGGAAGAGAGGAGAGAUGAAGAUGGAAGGGAACAGAGACGAAGCUGAGAAAUGUAUAAAUAUAGCGACGCGAGCCGUGAAAGCCGGAGACAAAGAGAAAGCGCUGAAGUUCCUCAUCAAAGCAGAGAAGCUGUAUCCAACUGACAGAGCCAAAGCUUUGUUGGACGCACUAACGAAGAAUGGGAGCUCGGCGGGUAACGGAGCAUAUCGUAGGAGACCAGGAGAUAGCUCAGAGGGCACCGGUCCACAGCCAGAACGGGAAGGACAAGAGGCUGGAGUAGGCGACGUUGCUAAAAGCUUCACCAAAGAGCAGGUUGAAGGUGUGCAAAGAAUAAAGCGGUGUAAGGACUACUAUGAAGUGCUGGGUGUCAAUAAAGAAGUCAAUGAGGAAGAGCUGAAGAAAGCCUACAGGAAACUAGCACUCAAAUUCCAUCCAGAUAAAAACCAGGCACCUGGAGCAACAGAGGCCUUUAAAAAGAUUGGUAAUGCAUAUGCAGUGCUGAGCAACCCAGACAAAAGACGGCAGUACGACCUGACGGGAGGAGAGGAGCCGAGCAGCCCGGGUCACUCACAUGGAGGAGGAGGAGGAGGAGGAGGAGGCUUUGACUUCCACAGGGGUUUCGAGGCCGACAUCACUCCCGAGGACCUCUUCAACAUGUUCUUUGGAGGAGGCUUCCCCUCCUCAAGUACACACACCUUCAACAACAGCAGAACGAGCUACAGCAAUCAGACGGAUUCCCGACAAGAGAGGACAGAAGAAAGGGGAGAUGGGGGUUUCUCAAUGUUUAUCCAGCUGAUGCCCAUAGUGGUCCUGAUUUUAGUGUCAAUACUGAGCCAGAUGAUGGUGUCCCCUCCACCCUACAGCCUCUACUCUAGACCGUCCACGGGUCAGACCGUAAAACGGCAGACAGAAAACCUGCAUGUCGACUACUACGUCUCUAGAGAUUUCAAGUCGGAGUUUAAAGGCUCAGCGCUGCACCAGAUUGAGAAAAAUGUGGAGGAGGACUAUGUAUCUAAUGUCAGAAAUAACUGUUGGAAGGAGAGACAGACAAAAACAGACCUGCUGUAUGCUGCUAAAGUAUACAGGGACGACCGAAUGCGCAAGAAGGCAGAACUUAUGACCAUGGAUAACUGCAGGGAGCUGGACAGACUAAACAACCUAUUCAGGGGAGGAUGAGUUGGACGCUUUUAGAUUGUGUAAAUGUAUAUGAAUAGAUGUAUGUUCAUGUUUUUUUAAGAAAGAGUCUUUACACUAGGAGCAAACACUUACUGAAAUAAUUUAGCUCUAUUGUUGAAGUUUAAAAAUGUCCCUCUCCUCGUAUCCCCUCCGCCAACCUCCUCACUCCAGCCUGACCCCAGGAACCGCCUUGUUACAUCUUAAUGAAGCAAUCUACACACACUGUAGAAAGACCUUUUUUUUAAACUCCGUUUUUCUUGUAUUUUCCUGGAAACCAGAUGGACAAGGACACUUGAUUGUAAAGGCAUGUGCUUUGAGUAGUGAGAACCCAAACAAAUCACUGUCUUAAGAUCAACAAACUGCUUUCGGCAUCAUCUGCUUGACAUAAAUAUAAGAUGAGAGACUUGGGAGGUUUGUUUGGAGAUACUGUCCUCCAGCCAAAUCCAUUUUGUGAAGAACACAGGAACAAAAACAAGAAAAUAAAAUAAUACAACGCUUCUUCUAGCUUCCUACUUUCCUCCGAGUGUGGAUGAAGAUCAAUGGAUCAUGAAGAGAUACCUGUGAUUUUGCUACCAGAGAACAUUUCAUGUUGUCAUCUUCAAAAUGUGAAGGCGGUUGGGACUAAACCUGGAAGGACAUUGAAACUGUUAUUCAUAAAUGGUUGUACAUUUUCAUUUUUGAAUGUUUGAAAUUUAUGCAGUUAUUUAAGAAACUAUAGAAGAAACAAAGUUUUUCUUCAGUGCUCGCCUAAUCAUUUAAAUAAAGUAAAAUUAUUACCAUAGACUGGAUGUAUUUGUGUCCCUGAUUCAGAUGUCAAAGGGUCAAAAUAAACACUUUCUGACUUAAA